AUGGCAUCCUCUCCAUCACAGGCACUGGUCAAGCGAUCUGAGGGCCAGCUCAUGCCACCCCCGCCACCACCGAAACGAAUCAAACGCCCCGCGACCGUCCUUGACGAGGAUGUCUAUACCAAUGCUUUAUCCCAUAUAAUCGCCCGUGACUUUUUCCCAGGCCUUCUCGAGACCCAGUCCAAACAGGAGUACCUUGAUGCGCUAGAGUCGAAGGAUAAGGAAUGGAUCUCUAGCGCCAAAAAGAAGCUUGCGGAUGUUAUGCGCAUGCCAACCCCGGGCUCGAAUGCGAGGCGAAAGCGCAGUUCUACAUCUGUUUCAGGCACCCCGCAACAUCGUCCGACGGGCCGGACAGAUGAAACCCCUCGAGGCUGGGGUGGCGAGACCCCGAUGUCCGUCGUCUCGGGGACUACCGCUGCCUCCGAGCAACGCGAACCGGAGGCCCCCGAUGUAUCCAAUCUGGGACUGAUGGCCUUCCAGGCCAAAUACACCAGCGAAGACAACGAGUCCUUCAACAAGGUCGUGGACAAGCAAAACGCGAAGCGGCGUGAGAAGUACGCCUGGCUCUGGAACAAAAAUAAGAUCCCGUCGGCUCGCCAGAUCGCGCACCACCAGCGCGAAGUGAAGCGUAUCACUGCCCAGGGUGGUAACCCGAAUACCAGCCUUGUCAAACGCGAUGAGGUCUCGGCACCGGCCAUAAAAACAGAUCUGGGUGCCCGGCCCGCCAAGCCCGACUCGUGGGAUGCUCGCCCGGAUAACACGCUCAUGUUUGCACCGUCUUCAGUCGAGGAUACCCACGAGACUCUCCAGCAAAAAGCGGAAACGGCACCUCGGGCAGGUCCCAAACGUACUUUGUACCAAAACACCCGGCUCCCAGACCCCGAGGCGGCCGCUGCAGCUGAUGCCGUACCGCCGUCCCCAUCUCUGUCCGCCAUCCAAGAUGCCAUUGCCGGACAACCGCAUCUCAGUGCAUCUGAAGUUGGAUCCGCUGUUCUCGGAAGUGAAACGCCGCGGGUGAACGGCUACGCUUUUGUCGAUGAAGACGAGCCGGAGCCCGAACCAGCGCUCAAUUCGGGCCUCGACGCAGACUGGCGUCUUCUGGGGUCAAGCGACGCCACCCCGAAUCCAUUCCAGAUCAGCGAGACUCGCAAACGAGAAGCUUUGCACCACCGCAUGGUAGACCGCGUGGCGCGCAACCGCCGCGCCGAGAAGGCUGGCCAGGUCACCAAGACGCCCGUCACAGCUACGCCGCGCUUCACUAGUGGUCCGCGUCUGGAUUUCGCGAUGCGCUCGACUCCCGGUGGAACGCCGGCUGGGGCUUCUGGGAAGAUGCUGACGCCGGCUGCGCAGAAAUUGCUGCAUCGGGUUGGGGGAAGUACGCCGUCGUCGAGAGCGAAGGGGGGUACGAACACGAAUAUGUGGACUCCGACGCCUCGGCGCAAGUGA